AUUCUAAAUCUUUUUCCCAGAAAUGAUAAAACCCUUAAAACCCAUAUCAUUUUUUCAUUCAAAAAGCCACUUUUCAUUGUGGGCUCUUCAUAAAUGUAUCAGAUUCUCAUCAAGAUCCAAACUUUUUGAUGACAAUGUUAAAAAUAAUAAAACUCUUGGAUACCCAAAUUUAGUUACUAAUGUUUCCAGGAUGUUAGGCGAGCCUCGUUGGUUCGAAAACUUAGAACUUAAGCAUGUUAGUCAUAAGUUAACGCCUAAACACGUUGUUAGGAUUGUUGGUUUUGUUCGAGAUUUAGAUGUAGUUGUUAGGUUCUUUUUUUGGGUUUCGAAGACUUAUGCUUAUAAACAUGAUUUGAAUUGUUAUAAGGCGUUGUUGAGUCGGUUAGUUAAGGAAAAACGGAUAGGUGAUAUCGAUCAUGUUAGGGCUUUGAUGGUUAAAGAGUGUAGAAAUGAGGGGGAGAUAAUGUCGGUUUUGGGUUAUUUUGAUGAGUUGAGGAGGAAGGGGGUCGGGUUAAGUUUGUAUAGUGGAAACACGUUGUUGACUCAAAUGAGUAAGUUUGAAAUGGUCGAGGUUGCGAGGGAUUUGUUUCUGCAGAUGUUGAGUAGUGGGAUCAGACCGAGUUUGUUGACGUUUAAUACUAUGAUCAAUAUGUUGUGUAAAAAGGGGAAGGUUGAUGAGGCGGAAACGUGUUUAGAUCAGAUGGGUCAGUAUGGGUUGUGUCCGGAUGUGUAUACAUAUAAUUCUAUGAUUCUUGGACAUUUUAGGAAUAGAGAUUUGAAAAGUGCGAUUAGGGUGUUUGACGAGAUGCAGAAGGAAGGGUGUGACCCUGAUUCAGGUACAUAUACUAAUCUUAUAAAUGGGUUGUGUAAUCUGUCGAGAUUUGAUGAGGCGUUGGACUUGCUCAAUGAAAUGAUGGAAAAAGACAUUCAACCAACUGUUUAUACGUUUACGGUUCCAAUUUCUACGUUAUGUUCGUAUGGGCUUGUGAAGAAGGCUAUUGAUGUUGUAAUUAUUAUGAGGAAGAUUGGAUGUUUGCCAAAUGUGCAUAACUACACUGCCCUUAUUAGUGGGCUGUUUCGUACAGGACAACAUGAAGUGGCAGUCGGGUUUUUCCAUAAGAUGUUAAAAGAUGGUUUGCUUCCAAACACGGUUACUUUUAAUGCUCUGAUAUAUUAUUUAGGCAAGAUGCGGAGGUUUGAGGCUGCCUUUAUGAUUUUUGAUUGGAUGGAGGGACAUCAUGGUAAGUUGUCUAAUACUGAAACUUACAAUGAAAUCAUUAGUAUCUUGUGCUUGAUGGAAAACUUGCAGAAAGGUAUGGUUCUUUUGAGCAAAAUGACCAAAAUAGGGCCCUUUCCUACUGUUGUUUCGUAUAACAUCUUAAUUAAUGGAUAUCUCAAACUAAAUAAUGUAAAUAAUGCAAUGAGAUUAUUGAGCUUGAUGAAGGCAAAUGGAUGCAAACCAGACGAGUGGACUUAUGCUGAACUCAUAUUAGGACUCUGUAAGUUAGGAGAUAUUGAUAGAGCUUUGUCUUUUUUCCAUGAAAUGGCUGACCAAGGAUUGAUACCGAAUAAGGUCCAUUAUACCACGUUAAUAGACAGUUAUUGUAAACAAGAGGAUGUAAAAGCUGCCCUUCUUUUACUGGAGAAAAUGGAAACAAAUGGCUGCAGGGCAGGAACUGAAACUUAUAAUGCAAUCAUAUCGUGUUUGUCAAAAACAAAUAAAUUAAGUGAAGCACAAAAAUUGAUUAAGAAAAUGGUACAGAUGAACGUGUCUCCAAAUGUGAUUACAUACACAUCUUUAGUUGAUGGGUUGUGUCGAAAUGGAGGUGUUGAUCUUGCAUUCAAGAUUUUUGAUGAAAUGGAGAAGAAGAAUUGCUCGCCAAAUUUUUUAACUUAUAACUCUCUAUUAUAUGGGUUAUGUUUCGAAGGCCGGGCAGAUGAAGCAGAGAUAUUACUUGAAGAAAUGGAGAAAAAAAGACUUACUACUGAUUAUGUGACAUAUACUACAUUAAUUGAUGGAUUUAUAUCACUAAAUCAAGUGGAUCAUGCAUUUUCACUUUUUAAGAAGAUGGUCGAUAAAGGUUGCCAACCCAACUAUAUAACUUAUCAAGUCUUGAUGAAAGGCCUUCAGAAUGAAAGUCGGUUACUUUCUGAAAAAACUGCAGAUCAACGUGAAGCAGUAGUUGGCUUUUGCAGCUCAGGUGAGAAAGAGUUGACUUUUGCUGAUCUUUUAGCUCGCCUGUCUAAAUACGGGUAUGAACCAACAGCUGACACUUACAGUGCCAUAAUUACCUAUCUGUGUGAAAAAGGUAAGAGUAUAGAGGCUGUCCAUUUGUUUUACGACAUGGAAGAAAAAGCCAUAAGUCCCAACCAAAAGAUAUAUAGUUCUCUUGUAGCUACUCACUGUGAAAACUUGAAAGUGGAAAUUGCUUUAGAAUUUUUUAAUUUAAUGAUGGUAAAAGGGUUUCAACCUCAUAUGCAGCUGUAUAAAGCUCUUAUUUGCUCUUUGUGCAAAAAAGGGCAAACAAGUGAAGCUCAUGAGUUGUUUGAGAAUAUGCUGGAUUGGCAAUGGGAUGCAGAUGAGAUUGUUUGGACAGUCUUGAUUGAUGGGCUUCUCAAGGAGGAUGAGGUGGAAACAUGCAUAAAUUUUAUACAUAUAAUGGAAUCGAAGAAUAUAAUUCCUAACUCUGAAACAUAUGUAAUGUUGGCAAAAGAAUUGCCGGCAGGCUAUGAAAGUUGUGGUAUUUGUGAUGUUGAUAAGUUGAAAGUAUACAGAGGGAAUAAAGCUGAUUAAGGUUACUAUGUGAAAUGUGACCGCUGGCAUUGUUGCCAUUUUGUAAAUAAAUUCCAGCCACAUGAAUUUUUGGGUGGUAAUGUGGUAUGCAGAAGAUACCCUGUUUAUUUAGAACUCCACGGAUGUAGCAUGAACGAGUCAGUAACUUCUAUGUUUGGAUGCAUGUCAUAGCAGGACCUACCGAUAAAGCAUGAUCAUUUUCAGGACUUAAAGUAUGUGACAGCAUAGUUGAUUGUAGAAGACAGAGAUGAGUUGGUACUGAAUCUAGAUUGAUGGAUGAACUUACACAGGGUUCGAUUUUUGCAGCAAAAUGAUGCCUUGCUCAUUAUGUGGGGCAAGUUCAACAGUGUUUUGCUUUUGUAAAUACCCAUUCGACAAUGAUCCUGACACAUUCUUUAAUACAUUUCUGAUUUCUGCUAACCGAUGAUCAUUGUAGAAUGAGGAAUUUUUACUGGUAGUUUCUAGUUAGAUUCAUAUUUAUUUUAUUCAAUUAUUAUGAACAUUGACGCUCACAUACGUUCGAAAACAUUGAGCAAUAGCUUACAGGCAUUGUAAAGCUUUUUUGGGUUUUAAAGGUGAAACAGAGUUCUUUUAGAGAA